AGAAGGUGUGUGUGUGUCGCGCAUGGCUGGAGAGGGAGUAACAGACUGUGCGCUAUCAGCCUUCGUUGAGAGAGAGAGAGAAAAAAAACGUGUUUCUUGCGCCUGACAUUUUGUUCUCGCGGUGAUUGCAGUGCGGCCGCGAUGCCCUAGUGAGGACGGACACGGGCGUCUCGGAAGAGUUUGCGGCUGAAAAUCGUAAAACGGGGAAAUUCGGGGAGACUUGAACGCGGGGCCAGAGAGUGAUCCAAGGAUGGCGGACUCGCUGUGGACUUGAGAGAAAUAUUGGAGCAAAGACAGAAAAGGAGAGAGGCUGGAAGAGGUCUCGAUGAGUUGCAGGAGUGCAACAUGGAAAGGGUUAAAGAUAUGAGGGACGCCGUCGGGGAGGCGCUCGGCUCGUGCUUCCGCGGCGGGGGCCACGCCUCCCCCUCCCCGACCUCCGGGUGGGCGGCGCCCCAGCUGGCCGACCUGAGCGGCCUCCCGCGCCGCUCCUGGGACUCCGUCCGCGCCGGCGUCGACAAGCUCUCGCUGCCUGCCUGGGGAGACGUCAAGGACCAGCUGCGGCCCGACUGGUCCUCCAUCCGGCGCUUCCCGACGGACAAGCUGGGCGGCUGGCCCGAGCUGCCCCGCCCCGACUUCAGUUCCCUCAGGAGGCCCAGCGUCAACGGGCUCAGGGCCGAGGCCGUUGUGUCAGCCUCCGAGCGGCUGGCCGUCCCCCUGGCGUCCCUUGGCCCCCAGCAGGAGCUUGCUCUUCCCGAGACCUUCCCCCUGCGAGCGAGCGUGACGCGGCGCCCCACGUGA